UGUCGCUCCACUAUAAAUUAUAGUGCUUCAUUCAUGUCCUUCUUGACCGAAUCUGCAACCACAAGAGUGCCAAUAAUGUCCUCUGUUCUCCCACUUCCAAGCCAUUUGUCACCCUAACCACCUCCUUCCAAUUUGACGCAUCAUGGCUCUGCUUCACGCCAACCCGAAACCCUUCCUUCUCUCUCCUCGCCGCCUCCCAAUUCGCUCCUCAACCCACCACCCGACUUCGUUCAACAAUCGUCAGAAACUCAAUCUCAUUCUCCGCCCGCCAAUCCAAUACAAUGCGCUUCGCGAAUUCGCAAUCCCAAACAAUCUCCCCAGCAAAAACAGAACGUCCCGGCUCAAUGCCGAAGCCGGGUCGGUCGGAGUCUCCGAACCAGGGGCCGCGAGCGGGAGGAGGAUUUUUCUGUCGGACGUGGUGGUGAAGAGGAAAAGGCGAGUCUUUUCGGGGAGAAAGUGGAGUUCCCUGGACAUUGGGACUGCUGUUGUCGUUUUGGCAAUGCAUUUGCUCGGCUUGUUAGCGCCGUUUUACUUCUCUUGGAGCGCCUUCUGGGUCGCCGUUUCGUUGUACGUAGUUACUGGUCUGUUAGGCAUUACGCUGUCGUUUCACAGGAACCUUUCCCACAGGAGCUUCAAGCUGAGCAAGUGGCUGGAAUACUUGUUUGCUUAUUGUGGUGCCUUGGCUCUUCAGGGUAAUCCAAUAGAUUGGGUGAGCACACACAGGUACCAUCACCAGUACUGUGAUUCGGAGAGAGACCCUCAUAGUCCCCUUGAAGGCUUUUGGUUCAGCCACAUGAGUUGGCUCUUUGAUACCAACUCUGUUGUUCAAAGGUGUGGAGGACCAAACAAUGUGGGGGAUUUGCAGAAGCAGCCAUUUUACAGGUCCCUGCAGAGCACCUACAUUGCACACCCCAUUGCACUUGCUGUUCUGCUCUACGCAUUGGGAGGAGUUCCUUUCCUUGUGUGGGGAAUGGGUGUAAGAAUCGUAUGGGUUUAUCACAUCACAUGGCUUGUGAAUUCAGCUUGCCAUGUCUGGGGAAGGCAAGCAUGGAACACUGGGGACUUAUCAAGGAACAAUUGGUGGGUGGCAGUUCUUGCAUUUGGUGAGGGUUGGCACAACAAUCACCAUGCCUUUGAGUACUCGGCUAGGCAUGGGCUAGAGUGGUGGCAGCUUGACAUGACAUGGUAUGUGGUGAGGCUUCUUCAAGCUCUUGGCUUGGCCACCGAUGUGAAGUUGCCCAAUGAAGCACAGAAGCAGCGCUUGGCAUUGAACAUGGGCACCACCAGUUGAAUCUGGAAAGUCUAGUCGAAGGCCUAAUUUCAACAGUUUUGAGAUGGAUUGCCUCCAAUUUCCUAUUGACCUCCUUUUAAAGGCCUUUGCAAGCAUGAAAAGCCACUGAUUUUUGACUGAAUGUAUAUUAUAGAAAAACUUAUAUGCAUUACGCUGGAUUUAAUUCCAAUGAGAAGAGAAACUCGAUUAUGUGAA